AUGUUUGACGGAAAGCAUGCCGCGGACGGCAAGGUCGAUGGACCGCUCGAAAAGGACUUGGAGAAAAAAUUGGACGGGAAGCAAUUGGACGCGAAGCAAUUGGAGCCCUUUGGAAAUGAGGAGACAGCGGAGAUCAAGUAUCGGACUAUGAAAUGGUGGCACUGUGGAAUGCUUAUGAUCGCAGAGAAUGUCUCUGUCGGAAUUCUGUCUUUGCCAUCCGCGGUGGCUACCCUUGGAAUGGUUCCCGCCGCUAUCAUUAUUCUGUUUAUCUCUGCUCUUUCAUGGUAUACCGGCUAUGUUAUUGGCCAAUUUAAACUUCGUCAUCCCGAAGUUCACAGCAUGGGAGAUGCCGGCGAGAUCUUGAUGGGUCCUUUCGGCCGUGAGUUGCUAGGAUUUGGCCAGCUGCUGCUGUUAAUCUUCCUCAUGGCGAGCAAUAUCUUGAUGUUCAACAUCCUGAUGAAUGUAUUGACCGAUCACGGUACCUGCACGUUGGUGUUUGGUGUCGUUGGACUGGUCAUCUGCUUUUUGGGCGCCUUGCCUCGUACUAUGGACAAAGUCUACUGGAUGUCCGUCAUUUUUGAGAGCAAAGGACAUAUCAAGAACGAAGCCACUACGGAUGUCAGCUUCCGCGAUGGCUUUUUGGCGGUGACAAAUAUCAUUUUCGCUUACCUUGCCCACGUUGCGUACUUUGGCUUCAUGUCUGAGACAGAAGACCCACGCACAUUCAACAAGUCACUCGCCAUGCUUCAAAUCGUCGACACCGUCCUGUACCUUGUUAGUGCACUGCUCAUCUAUCAUUACGUGGGACCGGAAACAGCCACCAGCCCCGGUGUCCAGUCGCCUGCCAUUCUCUCUCUGAGCCCGUUGAUGGGCAAGAUUGCCUGGGGUAUCUCAAUUCCAACGACCAUUCUUUCCGGGGUCGUCUUGGGUCACGUCGCGUGUAAAUACAUCUACGUGCGUAUGUUCCGUGGAUCCGACAAGAUGCACAACCGAAGCUUCCUGUCGAUUGGAUCAUGGGUCGCUAUCUGCCUCGGAGUCUGGGUUAUUGCCUGGAUCGUGGCUGAAUCUAUCCCCGUAUUCAAUGACCUGCUGAGUCUGAUUAGUGCGGUCUUUGGAAGUUGGUUUAGCUUUGGACUCCCUGCGAUCUUUUGGUUUUAUAUGAACAAGGGCCGUUACUUCCAGAACUGGAAGAAGGCUGUUUUGACUAUUACCAAUAUUUUCGUCUUGGCUAUUGCUUUUGCUAUUUGCGGGUUGGGAUUGUGGGUGUCUGGAGUCGCAAUUCACGAAGACUCCGUUACCAAAAGUUGGUCUUGUGCCAACAAUGCAUGA